CUAGUGUCCAGAGAGCAGCUAGCGCUGCAGCACGGAGAAGCUGGAGCGGCUUGCGGUCUGGGAACAACUGGGUGUGAAUCGCAGUUCGGACGCGUCCAGUUUGUAUAAUGAAGAAAAUAAAAGGAUUUACAUCCUGACGUCCACGUCGUGGUCAAUGAGGGUCUGUCGUGGCAUCGCUGAAUGACAUGGAUGCAAGUGACAACAAGGAUGUAAAACUAUCGGCAGAAGUGGAACCGUUCAUCCCACAGAGGAAAGGUGUGGAAGGGCACUUGGUCAGAAUGAGUCUCCCUGGAGAGUCUGGGGGCAACAACAACAACAACAUCAGCAGCAGCAACAACAACAACGGCGGUGGUGGUGGAGGCGGAGGCGGAGGAGGAGGAGGAGUCGAGACAACCCCCAUCCCCAGCUACCUCAUCACCUGUUACCCCUUCGUCCAGGAGAACCAGCCCAACAGGCAGCACACGGCGAUGUACAACGGAGGAGAGCUGCGCUGGCAGCAGCCCAACCCCAGCCCCGGUGGGCCGUACCUGGCCUACCCCAUCAUGCCCUCCCCUCAGCCGCCGGUCUCCAACGACUACGCCUACUACCAGAUCAUGCCCGCACCGUGUCCGCCCGUCAUGGGCUUCUAUCAGUCCUUCCCCGGACCCUACCCCGGGUCCGUGCAGGCCGGGGUGGUGAACCCCGUCUCCGCGGCUGACGUCGGCGAGAGACCACAUUUCGGACAAGCCUUUGGACUGACCAAUCAGAGAGGACGGGCUCUGAUCCGGCCCCCUCUGCUGCCCAAGCAGCAGCAGCAGCAGCAGCAGCAGCAGCAGCAGCUGGGGGCGUGCCACCCUCUCCGGGGCCGGCGCCCCCCCACCAGGAGUGUAGCGGUGCAGAAGGAGGUGUGCGGGGCCCCGGGGCCCAACGCUAGAGCCAGGACGGUCCUGCUGGUGGACGCAGCGCAGCAGACCGGUAUGCCGUACCACAGCAACUUCCCCGGGGAGGUGGCCAUGCGAGCGGGCGCGGAGCACGGCAGCCCCCUGUUGUGGAAGAGCCGGCCCAAGAGGAGGCAGGGGUCCAACGGGGGGGCGGAGGGCUACAGCGAGCAGGGGGGCGGCGGGGGAGAGGUGGACGUCGACAGCGACAGCGGCUACUGCAGCCCCAAGCACAACCAGACGGCCGCCCAGCACGCCGCCAUGGGCACGCCAGCGUCCACGGGAGUAGAAGCAGGUGUGAUGACAGCAGGGAGCUGGGUGAAUGUAGCCCCCCAGGCAGCCCAGAAGCCCUGGGGGGAGAGGAAUGGCCCCUACCACAGAGGAGACCAGAGGAAGCCCCCUGACCAGAGAGGCUUCCCACAGGAUUUCCAUGUCGGAGGCUACGCUGGCCGCCUGCAGCACAACCUGAACGCCAACCCCGCAGACAAGAGGCUGUUGCCCGGAGGGGCCCCCGGGUCCCAGGCCGCUCCCGAACCCCUGUACUUUGAGGAUGAGGAUGAGUUUCCGGAGCUGGCCCCAAGCGGGUUGGCCCAGCGCAACGCCAAGGCGGAUUCCAACACGGGGCCAACGCAGACACAAGCCAAGAUCCACAAGAACCUGCUGGACAACCUGCCGGAGAACUCCCCCAUGAACAUCGUGCAGACGCCCAUCCCCAUCACCACCUCGGUGCCCAAGCGGGCCAAGAGCCAGAGGAAGAAGGCGCUGGCGGCCGCCCUGGCCACGGCCCAGGAGUACUCCGAGAUUAGCAUGGAGCAGCGCAAACUACAGGAGGCGCUGACCAAGGCGGCGGGCAAGAAGAGCAAGACCCCGGUGCAGCUGGACCUGGGAGACAUGCUGGCGGCGCUGGAGAAACACCAGCAGGCCAUGAAGGCCCGGCAGCUCACCAACACCAAGCCACUGUCCUUCACAGUGGGGACGACGGCCCCCUUCCACAGCUCGGGCCCCAGUGGUGUGCCGUCCAAGGGCCACCACCACCAGCAGCAGGCCGGGCCCCCCUCCCACAACGCCCUGGACUCCACCGCCCCCCGCGUCCGCAGGGGCAAGGAGCGAGAGAUGCCCAAGGUCAAGCGUCCCACGGCGCUCAAGAAGAUCAUCCUGAAGGAGCGCGAGGGGAAGAAGGGGAAGCCCAGCGUGGAGCCAGGGACCUCGGGCCCCGAGGAGCAGAACCCGGACGAGGAGCUCCACUUCACUGACGACCUCACGCAGGAGCCCGCCUCCCAAGAGGAGAACGGACUGAGCAUGCCCAGUGACGCCUCCCUGUCACCGGCGAGUCAGAACUCUCCGUACAGCAUCACGCCCGUGUCCCAGGGCUCCCCCGCCAGCUCUGGCAUCGGCAGCCCUAUGGCGUCCAACGCCAUCACCAAGAUCCACAGCCGGCGCUUCAGAGAGUACUGCAACCAGGUGCUGAAUAAGGAGAUAGACGAGAGCGUGACCAUGCUGCUGCAGGAGCUGGUGCGCUUCCAGGAGCGCGUGUACCAGAAGGACCCCACCAAGGCCAAGUCAAAGCGGCGGCUGGUCAUGGGCCUGCGGGAGGUCACCAAGCACAUGAAGCUCAGCAAGAUCAAGUGCGUCAUCAUCUCCCCCAACUGUGAGAAGAUCCAGGCCAAAGGUGGGCUGGAUGAAGCUCUGUACAACGUGAUCGCCAUGGCCAGGGAGCAGGAGAUCCCCUUCGUGUUCGCCCUGGGCCGGAAGGCUCUGGGGCGCUGCGUCAACAAGCUGGUGCCCGUCAGCGUGGUGGGCAUCUUCAACUUCUCGGGGGCCGAGGCCUUGUUCAACCAGCUGGUGUCCCUCACCGAGGAGGCCCGCAAGGCCUACAAGGACAUGGUGUCGGCCCUGGAGCAGGAGCAGGCUGAGGAGGCCCUGAAGAACGUCAAGAAGGUCCCCCACCACAUGGGCCACUCCCGCAACCCCUCCGCCGCCUCCGCCAUCUCCUUCUGCUCCGUCAUCUCCGAGCCCAUCUCUGAGGUCAACGAGAAGGAGUACGAGACCAACUGGAGGAGCAUGGUGGAGACGUCCGACGCCCAGGAGCCUGCCGAGGCUGAGCCUAGCCGCCUGGCCCCCGCCUCCACCUCCAACGCCGCCGCCGCCUCCCAGAAGGACCACCACAGCCCAGCCGCCGCCGCCAGCAGCACCACCACCACCAGCAGCCAGGUGGUGACCCAGGUGGUGACCCAGGCGUCGCCCGCGCCCCAGCCCAGGGGGAGUGCGUCGACGGCGGGCGGCGGCGGCGGCGGCGAGCGGGAGGAGGGCCGCGUUGACGACCGGCUGGAGCUGGCCUCUCAGCAGAGCACGGAGACGGGCUCCCUGGACGGCAGCUGCCGGGAGCAGCUGCACUCGUCCAUCACCUCCACCACCUCCACCCUGGUGCCGGGCAUGCUGGAGGAGGAGGACGAGGAGGAGGAGGAGGAGGAGGACUACACGCCGGAGCCCAUCUCGGUGGAGGUGCCGCCGCUGAGCAGCCGCAUCGAGUCCUGGGUCUCCAAGACCCUGGAGAACCUGCAGCUGGGAAAGGACCAGGACAGCACGGACGACGAGGACGAGGACGAGGAGGAGACGGCGGGACAGAGCGAGGAGGAGAUCGAGUCGGCCGACCUCCCGGAUGAGCGGGCUGAAGGCGAGGAGCAGGCGGAGACCAAGAAGAAGGCGGGUUGAUCCCGCGACGACUCCUCCUUGUUCUUCUCUCGCUUCAGACUUUCCUUUUUAUCGGUUGAUUUUUAUUUGUCUGUUUUUUUUCGUUCAUCCGUUUCAUCCUCUUUCCGUCGUGUCCAGGGCGACUUCACCCCCGUCUCCAGACACCCAGACAUUAUCUCAGGUAUAUCCAGCGAACCCACCGUGUGUGUCCGCUCCACACGGACACACACACCCCCUCCACCACCGCACGCAGCAGGCUGAGGUUCUACAGAGAGACAGAGGGGCAGCCCAACCCAAACUUAAGGCAGUCACAAGUACACAACCCAACACCUUCGUUCUUCUCCUUUUGUUUUGAUUCCCUUUCUUUUUCUGAUCUGCGAAUACCUGAUUUUGCCCUAUUUUCGUUUUCGUCUGUUUCUUUUUUCCAACACGUGCGUCUCUUAAGAGGAACUGGCCCACUGCCUGUUUACACUUGAAUCAGAGGAUUACCGAGAGGAGAGAGAGAGAGCGAGAGAGACGGUAGGCUCCACGGACGGGGACCUGGGCUCUGUCCCGGAUCCCUUCCUCUCUUCCACCCCUCAUGUGUCUCUCCCCUUCAGAGCACAGAGUUCACUACGUUUACGGUCUCUGUUUGCGUGUUCGUGUGCAUAUAUAGCUGCGUGUGUGUGGGUCCAGUUUGUUUGUAGCUGGGCGCUAGCUGCUACGAGACCUAGCGUCCCGCCGUGUGGAUUAGCUUUAUGUUCUGACAAUAUGCAGUUCCAUCAUUUUUAUUUCUUUGACUUAUUUGCAGCUUCUUCACCCCCCCCCCCCCUUUCUCAAGAAGGAAAGGAUAUCUAUGUGUGCACUAUUGCUGUGAUGCUUUUUAAUUCAGCAGAAUAUUAGCACUCGGGUUUUACUCAAGUGAAACUCACUCCCAUCUAGAAGUUGUGUCCUUUUUUUUUUAUCAUUUUGUUUUCAUUAAUAUGUUACAUAAGCAAACAAGUCAAUUUGACCAACUAAUGGUCCAAGAUGCUUGUAUGUGUAUAUAAAAUGACCUGUAACGUCUGCUCUAUUUGGCCGUGCCUGGUGUGAAAUGAUUCUUUGUUUUAGUGUGGAGUGGUGUUGCAAUCCGUCUGCAGUCUUGUCGUGUUUCCAUCUUGGGUUACUCUGCUCUGUCCCUAAUAAGACCUGCAGAGCAGAGGACACACACACACACACACACACACACACACACACACACACACACACACACACACACACACACACACACACACACACACACACACACACACUAUUAAACCACUCCUGUCACAUCGUUUGCGUAGACAGAUGUAUUAUAUUUUGUUCUGCCAUAUCCACCACCAAACGACCCCUCUCGCUGCUCACACCCUAGGGACAAGUUAUUCUCUCAUUGGGAUUGGGCAAAAUGUAGGCGCGCUGUGAUGAGGCCAUCAUACAUAGGGACUACUUCAGCACUGGUAGUGACCGGAAACGUGUAAAUAUAUACGUAUUUUAUUUUUGUUUUACAAUGUUCUAAAACAUGACCACCUUGUUUGUUAAGCCAUAUAGGAACAACUGUGGUGUGUCCGUUGGAAGCUAAUUCAAUAAAGUAUUUGAUGGUGAGGCGUUCAGUGAACUGUAUGCCAUGCAGUGACUCUGCUAUGGAGACCGCGUGUAGGGCCAUAUGCAAUAUGAAGCCCUGCAGAUGGAACAAGGCAAUGUACUUAGUAUUAUGCUUUUUGGAUGAUGAAACGUCUUCAGUAGUUAAUAAUUGGGUACGCUGUGUCUGGGCUACAAGAUGCCGUUUCUUCCAUAAAAAUGUGUUGGUAGUGUGUAUGUGUGUGGCGAUCGACAGCAAGUGUGUCCUUUGCACUAUGUAUAUACAGUACCGGAAAGGUCUGGUAACUAAUGUGAAAAAAAUGGUUCCAUGAAGUACCUUUUUCAGUGUGUUCUUCGUCUUUAUAUGGAUAUUUAAAGUUUCAUGUGUCACACUAGCAAUGUCGUUUAUAGGACAUGGCUUCAUACCCUGGUGUUUAUACUACCAUCUAUUUUACGAUUAAUAUCAUUAAACUAUUGUUUAAGUAACCCUUUUACCCUGGUUCAUCUUUGUUCUAUCUAUCAAACAAGAAAAAUGUCCCGAGCACCUACCACUCGACACUGUAAUCCUACAGUUUGGCCACCAGGGGGGGAAAGUGCUGCUUUAGAUCCGUCUUUACUGGACCAUUUGUUAGUGGUCCGUUUUGUUUGUUUAAAUAUUAUCCCAAACAUACACUCAUUUAUGGAAUAGUGAUGUACUGUGUAAACAAACAAAAAGGAAAAAAACAUUGUGACUUAAGAAUUUAUUUUUACACCAUGUAAAAUGUUUACUUUGUAAUUAAAUUUGUACUCACUGUGUGUAACUACAUGGAUUCUAGUUUGACCAUAUGCUUGCUGUGAAGCUAAUGGAUAUGAUGACUGUUUUCCGUAACUCCUCCCUGUGCAGAUGACAAGAAAAUAAAAGUAUAAAAACAUA